AUGUUACAAGGUGUUGAUCACUUUCUUGCAGUAGCAGUGCUGCUGUUGUUGUUCUCACAGAUUCCUGCCGCCGUCGCAACGCAGAGCUUCUCUAGAGAUGUUCCGCAACAGCCAUACGACAUGGCGUACCGUGCUUACUUCAGAAAUUAUGAUACUGCGGGUCACUGCAUCCUCAGGGAUGUCAUAACACCAACUGAAGCGUCGAGAGGUGGUAUAAUGGGGGAGUAUUGGGGUUGUGCAGGUGGAGGUGGGAGAGAGGGUGCCCAUUCACUACUCCUUCUUAAAGCAGAUGAACUGGAACAGUUGAAAUUGGCUGAGUGUAGGCCCACCAUGCUCGUUUCGCUGCUCGGUGCAAUGAAGCCCCCACUUGAAUCUGGAGUAAAAGGUUUCGGUAUCGUGGCUCUGGGAGAGGGAAAGGUUAGGAGUGAAUGUGACAUAAAGUGUCUCCUCGAUGCCGCCAAACAAUACAACACAUUGCAGCUCACCGAAAGGAAUCGCUUACUGAACAUCACUGCGGUACUCUACUCCGAUGAUACUCAACAAUGUUCAUCCUCGUGUAAUACUUCCUGCGGAAGCGGGGAUCCACUGUUGAUACCACACGUUGUGAGGAGUUCCUACGACUUUGAAGUGCUCUAUAUCGCCAGCAAUUCCCCAUCUGUGGAGAGAAGGAGCGCUUCCGACAGGGGCGAGUGGGCAGCCCUUGUGGAGGCCGCCACGUUUAACCGCCAGCGGUGGGUGAAGACACCGCAUCCAUACAACGUUGUAGAAACACGGAGUGGAGGGGAGUUGGCUCCACACAUGACGUCCAUUUCAGCCUUAACUGAUUGUUUGAAUGGCGCCUCGUUGCCGAGGUGCAGUCCAUUAGGUGGUUGGACUGUGUGGGCAAGUAAUGCAGACACAAAAUGGGAGUGGAGCGGCGGCAACACAAGGAAGCCAUCGUUUGUGAAGAAAACGCGGAAGGGCGCUAUUGCUAUCAUGGUGGCGUCAACAGCGGUGUCGCUCGUGCAUGGCACGACGCCUGGUGCUGACUGCCCUGCCAGCGGUAUUGUCGCAGCGUUGGCAGUAAUGGACGUGCUGAAGCGGGUUUUGGACGGCAUCAAAGCCCCUUCGCGUGAUGUGUAUGCAUUUUUCUUCCCUGGUGAACACGUUGGGAGCAUUGGCAGCUCACGUUUCGUAUCCGACGCUAUGCAGCUGGCAUGCGCGUAUAAGGGCCUGAAGUCAUGUUCAGUAGCAUACGGAGGUAACCUGAACUUCACAACCGUAGACUUUGACUCUGUGGACACGUUUGUUUCAUUCGACCAAGUGGCAACAGACGGGUCCCCACUGUUUUACCAUGUAGACAGCAGAGCGUCUGCUGCAUCACGUAGUCAAGUCACUGCACAAGCGGAGGCAGAAGCGGCGCUCGAAAAGGCUUCUGUUUCCCGCGCAGCAACCCGCCAAUUGCCGUACUCACCCAUCACGACAGUUCUCGACCUUCUGGGUAAAUCAACGAUAGUGAAAAAAACUUUCUUAACGCUGACACGCUACAACACAACGUAUGCAAAUCCUAACGUUUUUACGGUAAGAGACUCCAUGUCCCACAACGACAGUGUCUCUCUUAGCGCUGAGUCCAUUGCAGAGGCGGCUGAUGCAUUACUUCGCGUCGUUCUACCGGGUGUCGCGGUUGGGGUUGACCGCACCCUUGUGCACCAGUUGUGGGAAUGCUUUACUGUAAACACGAAGUGCAGUUUCCUGGAGCGGCGUGCCGUGGAAUCCGGAUCCCCGGUGGGCAUCCCCGAUUACAGCGUCGGUGUGUUGGGCAACAGUGUCACAACUAACCCUACUGCCGUGGAGGAGGCAAUUCAGGCAAGUUUGAAGCAUAUUGGAUGGGAACAACCGAUGCUUUCCGCUGCUGUGCCUCGGGGGCUGAAGUUUCGAGAUGAAGAGAAGGAACCUUUAUGGAAAUUGGAUGAGGAUUGGCUUAAUCAAACUGUGUAUAGGAGUGCGCGUUAUGCUCUGCACGUGGUAAGCGGGCCACAAAUGAGUUUUGGUGCGCGGGGCGCGAUGAUUGGGCCCUAUUGGGAAUCCGUUGUUUUCUUUGCUGCAAGCGUUUUAACGUGUGUGUUGGGUUAUUUAUACUUGAAUAGGUGUUUGAGGAAAACACCUGCAGUAUAG